GAGAUUUGGGACUACAGUACUUUUGAAAAUUCCACAGUUGUGCUUCUGUCAUACAGGGUACCUAGGUUUUGCUUUGUUCACCUUAAUCCUUAUUCUGUAUGCAUGAUAUAGCUUUGUGUGUAUCAGAUUUAGUUGACGGAAAGUUGUCUGUAGGACAGCAACAGCAUAGUUUUGGAAAUCAAGCAGACUUACAAGAAGUAGGUCUGCAUUUUUUUUAUCAGCUUUUCAGGUGGUUACAAAUCAUAUGUGGACAUGAUGGGCCCCAAAAAAAUAUAAUCUGCAGCUGUUGCUUUGCGUCAGUGUGCUGUUUUUCUGUUGAACAACAAUUGUGUCAACAUUUGAUAGCAUGCCAGGAAAUGAACUUGUCAAGAAGAGUAUAUUGUGGAAAGCAAUUAAUAUCAAGAGGGGGCACCAUACAGGGGAGGUCUCUCUAUUUUACACUUAAGAAAAUGAAGCUAGUCUACGAAUUAAGUUUAUUUAAUUUACAUUUACAGCACCAAGUGACAGACCAAGCUUUUGUGACCUUGGCCACCAACGAUGUGUACAGCCAGGGGGCACUAAAUGUGGGACAGUGUUUGCGCCGGCAUGGGACAUCCCGGCAGAUUGUGGCUUUGAUCACCCCACGUGUUUCCAACAGUGCACGAGCGGCUCUGGCUCGUGUGUUCCACCAGGUGAAGGAGGUGGAUGUCCUGCGCAGCUUGGACCAUGCGCACCUGAAAGCGAUGGGACGCCCCGAGCUGGGAGUCACCCUCACCAAGCUGCACUGCUGGACCCUCACGCAGUACUCCAAGUGUGUGUUCCUGGAUGCUGACACACUUGUGCUGUGUAACGUGGACGAGCUGUUUGAACGUGAAGAGCUCUCAGCUGCUCCUGAUCCUGGCUGGCCUGACUGUUUCAAUUCGGGCGUGUUUGUCUUCCGGCCAUCCCUGGAGACUCAUGACAGGCUGCUGCAUUGGGUGGGGGAGCAUGGUAGCUUUGACGGGGGAGACCAGGGGAUCUUAAACUCCUUCUUCAGUGACUGGGCCACACAAGACAUCACCAGGCACUUACCCUUCAUUUACAAUCUCAGCACCAGCACAGUGUAUUCCUACUUGCCAGCCUUUCGACAGUAUGGUCAAAAGGCCAAGAUUAUCCACUUCCUGGGUGCAGUCAAGCCAUGGCACUACAAAUACAACCAGCAGACUGGUGAUGUGUUUCUGGAAGAUGGCUCUCCUCCGAAUCCACAUUUGGGGAAGUUUCUGAACCAGUGGUGGGUGGAACACUGCACAUAUGUAAUUCCUUUGUUGGAGAAAGAGGAGUGUCAGGAAUCAGAGCAAGUCCAUCACAAGGAUCAAGCGGAAAGUGGUGAGGUGAAUUUAAACAAAGACCCACAACAUAAAUUGCACAAGGUCCAUUUGUCUCUGCACACGGACGAGGCCUUCACACCUACGGCACAAAGUGAAAUGGAGCACUGGGGCAAGACAUAUGAUACCCUCCGAUACAGUCACAUGCAGCCAACAGCUAUUUUUCACUCUGUAAAUCACAUAGUGCACCACAGUGGAGUGGGCACUCAUGAGAGGAUAGGCCCUACUCCACUGAUGUCACCCUGAAAACUCAAAGGUACCUGACAAAUUACUGAAAGCAGUGAGAUGCAGGGACUCUGGAUGAUCACCGCUCCAUCCCCAGUGUAACAAAACCAAUUUCUUCUGCCACUGUGGGGUCCCACUCAUCAAAUUGCAGGAUAAAUUAUAGGAGAAGCAAAUUUUGGUAACUGAAUUUCCCAAAAUUUAAAAACAAACAAACAAACAAAAACAUAUAGUUGUCUGGUUUAUAUUCUUUGGGAAUAAAUUACAAUUUCAAUGUCAACACAUCAUUUCAAUUUGCCUUGUUAUACUGUAUUAUGCUGCCAUUGCAGAGGACAUAUCCUGAAGACACGCCUCCUGUAGAUGAAAGCGGGACAUCUGAGUGGACACAGGAUCCCCCCUCAAACG